AUGACCUCCCUCUCAUUGACGUCUGCGCUCUCUUCGUAUUCCAUUAACAGUCGAUCAUUGCUGGCCUCCUUUGCACGGUCAUCUGUUCUGUCUGUUUUGGAAGAUGCCGUCAAGACUGGGUACUUGGAGAUCGAGGAAGGCCUUGACUUCUAUCGCUUCGGCUCUCACAAUAAAUGCGACCAUGCUGUCCGCUUCAAGGUCACCGAUGAGGCUUUCUGGACGCGAGUCCUAGUUUCUGGGGAUAUCGGUUUCGGUGAAGCUUACAUGUUGGGCGAAGUCGAAGCAGAUGAUGCCUACGAGACCAUACAGUUCUUUAUCGAUAAUCUGUCGGGAGUAUCGAAGGUGUCUUCCCUCUAUGGCCGGGCUGCUGCCACCGUGACCGGUUGGACGAACGCGCUGCUCGGCCAAACACAUUCGAGAGCUCGUCUCAACGUCAUUGCUCACUACGAUCUUUCGAAUGAGCUGUUCAAGGCGUUCCUUAGCGAAGAGAUGAUGUACUCUUGCGCGCUCUGGUCAGACGAAGAAGGCGGCGUCGACGGAGACUUCGACAUUGACAUGAAGUCAGACGGCCUCGAAAAAGCCCAGCUGCGUAAGCUGCACUACGUCUGCAAGCAAGCUCGCUUGCGACCUGGGCACCGAGUGCUCGAGUUCGGGACAGGAUGGGGAGGGUUUGCGAUCCUGGCCGCGAGCUCAUACGGCGUUGAGGUGGACACUCUCACGCUGUCCAUAGAACAAAAGACUCUGGCGGAGGAGCGUAUCCGGGAAGCCGGAUUGCAGGACCGUAUCCGCGUUCACCUCCUUGACUACCGCAACAUUCCAGCGGAAUUCGAGCACGCGUUUGACGCGUUUGUCAGUAUCGAGAUGAUCGAGCAUGUUGGCCCCAAGCAUUAUCAAGAGUACUUCAAGAUCCUUGACUUUGCGUUGAAGCCGAGGAACGCUGCCGCCGUCGUCACUUCGAGCACUUUCCCCGAGUGCCGUUACAGCGAUUACCAGGGUAUCGACUUUGGGCGGAAGUACUUCUGGCCUGGCGCGAAUUUGCCAUCAGCGAGCAAGCUCGUCAACUCUGCAUACAAAGCCGCUCAAGGCCGGUUCACGUUGCACAGCAUCGACAACCACACCGCCCACUAUCCGCGUACGUUCCGGACAUGGGAUCGUCGGUUCCGAGCGAACAUCACGCAGGACGUCGUCUCGAAGGAGUUCCCGGCUCUGCGAGACCCAGUCGAGUACAAGACGUUCAUGCGGAAAUGGGAAUAUUACUUCGCAUAUAUCGGUGCAGCAUUCCUGAAGGGAUACAUCAACUGCCAUAUGUUGACUUUCGUUCGCGGGGAUGAUGCCCCAACUGCUUGA